UACCCGAGGACUGGGUUGGGGCGGUUAGUCCUUUCUCGGCCACCGUCGCCUCGGACAUAUUGCCCGCAGGAGUUGCGGUGGCGAAACGGAGAGCGUCGGGGGGAGGAGAUGGGUGAGCAGAGCGGGUCAGACCUUGUCCCGGUAACGAGCGGGCGCGAGGGUCUGGCUGGCCGAGCUACUAAUUGCCGCCCCAGGCGGACUGGGUCCCGGCGAGGAGCGGGGGAGGGGAGGCAUGCGGGUGCAGGCGGGACACCGCCCCCUCCUGUCGUUUUGCGAGGAGGACGAAGAGGUCCCAAUAGGACAUCUUACUGUCGAAAUCCACUCUGUGAGCCAGGAUCCUCAGGGGGCUCUGGUGGGGGCCACACUUCCAGUGCAUCAGUGACCAGUGUCCGUUCCCGCACCAGGAGCAGUUCUGGGACAGGCCUUGCCAGUCCUCCACUGGCUACCCAGACAGUCGUGCCUCUGCAGCACUGCAAGAUCCCCGAACUGCCCGUCCAGGCCAGCAUUCUGUUUGAGUUGCAGCUCUUCUUCUGCCAGCUCAUAGCCCUCUUCGUCCACUACAUCAACAUCUACAAGACAGUGUGGUGGUAUCCGCCCUCCCACCCGCCCUCCCACACUUCCCUGAAUUUCCAUCUGAUCGACUUCAACUUGCUGAUGGUGACCACCAUUGUUCUGGGCCGCCGCUUCAUUGGAUCCAUCGUGAAGGAGGCUUCUCAGAGGGGGAAAGUCUCCCUCUUUCGCUCCAUCCUGCUGUUCCUCACCCGCUUCACCGUUCUCACGGCAACAGGCUGGAGUCUGUGCCGAUCCCUAAUCCACCUCUUCAGGACCUACUCCUUCCUGAACAUCCUGUUCCUCUGCUAUCCGUUUGGGAUGUACAUUCCAUUCCUACAGCUGAACUGUGAUCUCCGCAAGACAAACCUCUUCAGCCACAUGGCCUCCAUGGGGCCCCGGGAGGCAGUGAGUGGCCUGGCACGGAGUCGGGACUACCUGCUGACAUUGCGGGAGACGUGGAAGCAACACACUCGACAGCUGUAUGGCCCAGAAGCCAUGCCCACCCAUGCCUGCUGCCUGUCACCCAGCCUCAUCCGCAGUGAAGUGGAGUUCCUCAAGAUGGAUUUCAAUUGGCGUAUGAAGGAAGUGCUUGUUAGCUCCAUGCUGAGUGCCUAUUACGUGGCCUUUGUACCUGUCUGGUUUGUGAAGAACACACAUUACUAUGACAAGCGUUGGUCCUGUGAGCUCUUCCUGCUGGUGUCUAUCAGUACCUCAGUGAUCCUCAUGCAGCACCUACUGCCUGCCAGCUACUGUGACCUGCUGCACAAGGCUGCUGCCCAUCUGGGCUGCUGGCAGAAGGUGGACCCAGCACUGUGCUCCAAUGUGCUACAGCAUCCGUGGACUGAAGAAUGCAUGUGGCCACAGGGUGUGCUGGUGAAACACAGCAAGAAUGUCUACAAAGCAGUAGGUCACUAUAAUGUGGCCAUCCCCUCUGACGUCUCCCACUUCCGGUUCCAUUCAUAGACUGAAGUUCAAUUUAAGGACUUCACAGCAUUGUUCUAUUUGAAGAGAUUGGAACCCCCUUCACUUCCCACUCACCUCUGCUAAAAGCUCCCCAGGUAUUACAUAGAAACUGGGGCUCUGAAGAUUACAGUUUGAGAUACUACUUACCUGAGCUAUUACUGGCAUUUCACAGUUGAGAAACCUGAGGCCCAGGGAGGGAAGGGAUUUGCCCAGAGUCUUGCAGCCUGUCAGGUGCAGAACUGAGCCUAGCACCUUGGUGUCUUGAACUCUGUUUCAUGCCACCCCUCUUCCCAUCUUGUAAGCAUCCCUGCAGGUUUAGCUAUCUUGGCCCUGCAGAAUCAAGAUCCUAAACAUUAAACGUACUUUUGAACUUACAGAAAAUGUUUCUUGAGCCCUACACUCCACCUUGCUCUGAAAUACUAGGUAUGAAUAAGGUGUUAUUAUGUCCCCUAGAAGCUUCCAGCCUAGCUAAGGAUGCUACACAGGAAGUAAUAGAUACUGAGGGUAUAUAGUCUGCAAUAACUUUCUACACAAAUAAAAUAAAAUUCUAAUUUGUUCAGACCCCAAUAAUACCCAAGAGGAUGACAUAGAAAAAGAUGGUGGGCCGGGGAGUUAGCUCAGUGGUUCCAUUGCCUUCCUCGCAAGCACAAGGUCCUGAGUUUGAUCCUUGGUAACAACAACAACAAAAAAGAUAUUGGCAUGUAUGAAGAUACCAGAUUGAAACCCAUAAUUUUUUUUUUUUUUUUUUGGUACCGGAGAUUGAACUUGGGUCCUUGGGCUUGCGCAGCAGG